AUGAAGACUCCACUCCGCGUAGCAGCCGCCACACAAAACUGGCUGUGCACCGCAACGGCCAUGUCGCGGACUGGCGGCGGGUUUGGCAUACAGUUUGAGAGUAGUACGAGGAGUGCGUUGGGGGAGGUGUUGGAGGAGAAUGGGUAUGUGGGACGGAGGGUGGAGAGUCCGGUUGGGGAUAGAGUUGGGGAGGAUGGUGGGGAGGAGGAGGAGGAGGGGGAGGAUGAGGAGACGGUUGUGCAGAGGGCGGUGCUGUUGGAGAGGUUUGCGCUGUUGAAUUUGGAGGCGGGGACGAGGAGGAGGAGGGCUGCGACGGUUAGUCGGGUGGAAUGA